AUGGGCAGGGAGUGUGAACAUGCAGAGACUGCUCUUGUAAGAACUUCAGUUACAGCAAGGAAAUGGGAUGAAGACAGAAAGGAAAGAGACGAGACUUCUGGUCAUCUGGAAAUAUACGGUGGAGAAGAAGAUAAAUCUGAGGACGAUGAAGAGGAUCCGUAUACUUUUGCCGAGUUGGAUGAAAGUGUGUAUGAUAUGAUACUGGCAUCUGAUGAGGAGAAAAGAAAGCAACACGGAUCCUUUAUUAUAAACCGGCCACCAGCACCUACCCCUCGUCCAUUGAGUUCCCCUAAAGAAGAGAACACUCCCUAUAUAGUACAAGUGUUUCAGCAAAAGGGCACCAGAACUCAGAGUGAUAACGAGAAGAUGUACUAUGCUUUCAGGAAACAAGACAAAGUUCGAACUGACACUUCCACCUAUACCACUUUGAGACACAGCAUCCCUUCUGGACAGGAAGAACUGAUCCUUUUGCAGGAACAGGUGAAGAAGGGAACAAUUACUGUGGAUGAAGCACUUGAGAAAUUUAAACAAUGGCAGAAUGAAAAAAGCAGAUUAGAAGUUCCACAGCAGGAAAAAGUACGCCAGCUCAGAGAUAGCAUUAUUGGGAAAAGACCAGAAGAAGAAAUUUUGUAUGACAAAAUCACCAUUGAACAUCAUCCAAAUGUUUGUGGGGAAAACCUUCAUUAUAGAGACCUGCUGUACACCACACCAUUUAACAAACUGCAUCCAACUCGAAACCCACCAGAAAAGGAACAGAUGCCUAAAGAUAAUUAAUGGAGUGCACCUCUUCAUUCUGUCUUGCAUCAGCUGCCUCUGUUCAGCAUCCCACACACGUAUCCAAUCUACAUCUUGACUUACGCUCAAUCUACUGCACAUAUUGCUAAGAAAAUGACCAUGCUCUCAUCACUGCAGUUUCUGCACCUUGGAAUCAUAUGGUUUGGACAAUCCUGGCAAAAGUCCAGCAUUGCUGAAGAAAGUAGUAAUAAAAAUUUAUUGUCAAGUCAGCACUAAAUUUUACACUCUUUCCUUGCUGUUUAUUUCAGUUGAUUCUCUAAAUGAGAGGUUAAGAAAAAAACUGUGCCUUGUUUUGUGUAUCGUAUUUUAUACUCAUUUCAACUGCUACAAAACUGUUAGAGAAGUGCAGCUAAAAAGUGCCACUAAAAAGCUGAAUAAGAUGCUUGAUUUAAAUGGACUCACAUGCACACAACUGGUGAAGUUAUAAAUACAGAGAAGUUGUAUGUUUUCCUUUCUGUUGUUUAAAAACAUUUUUAUACAAAUUUGUAAUGUCUGUUUAUACAGGAAACUUGCCUCUUUUGCCAGGAGGAAUGACUGUAUUCUAAUUAGAGCUACUUUCUAACGGCCAUAUCUUUGUAUAUUAAGUUUGGAAGUAAAUCAGCACGAGUUAUCUGCAGCUAUAAGCAAGAUUACAAAAAAUAAUGUUUACAAGGCAGGUUUGUGUUUGUGUAUGUAUGUUUAAUAGUGUGCCUAGGGUAAACUAGAAACACAGAACCAGGCUCCAACCUCUGGUAAACCCAUGCAAUCCCAGUAAAACCCAUGCAGUGAUUGGCAUAACCGAGCAGAAUUUGACUCAAAUUGUGGUCUGCAUUCACAUAGCAACAUACUCUGAGAUUGAAAUGAGCACCCUCAGUUGUGCAGGAAAACUUACAAGAUUUGAAGAAAUGACCCUUCUUAUCCACACAAGGGAAAUGUACAGGUAAGUAUAUGCAAGUUACACUCUAGCCAGUACUGUAUCCUAGAGAUAGCACUCACACAAUGCUAGAACUGAUUGAAGUGUUUGUUGCCAGCAAUUUAGUUAUUGGUUUUUCUAUCUGAGAACAAUUUUUCAGUCAUGAAUUUUACUGAUUUUUUUUUUUUUUUUGGUUAUUCAUUAUUGAUUGGCAAAUAAUUUUCCUCAACACAUUUAGGCCUGUGCAUUGUUCAUACACUGUUCACAGUGAGUCAUAUCAGACAUUCAAAAUUCUCAGUCUGCCCUUUCAGCUGUGUAAUUAGGCAACUAAGUCACCUAAUAUGGUUUUUGUUCCCUGACUGGAUGAUCUAAUGUAAGCAUCUCCAGUGUGAAUAUUCUUGUUAAUGCACAAGCACCUGAAUACGUUUGAAUAAAAGUUCCUCCCUGAACAAAA